AUGUAUCUUUCUAAAUUUGCCAUUGCAGCAGCUUGGCUGUCUGGGCUUGCCUCUGCUGAUAUCAACGGCCGUCAUGCCCCUAAUAACACCUACAAGCAUGUCGCUUUCUUUAGUAUCGACGGAAUGCAUUCGUCUGAUAUUGAAAAGUGGGUUGCCUCAAAGCCGCAAGGCGCAAUCGCCAAACUGCUGGAAACCGGAUACUGGUAUAAGGGCGCAUUGACUUCGGCGCCUUCUGAUUCCUUUCCAGGCACAGUUAACUUGGUAGCUGGUGCGGAUCCCGCCCUGUCAGGAGUCUGGUAUGAUGAUGCAUAUGUGCUCUAUGACGAGACGAAAGAUUACGACAAUACGAAGCUCUGGUCAUCGCCAAACCCCACAGUCGUGGGCGGCAAUAUUAACCCAGAAAACCUUCCCCAGGCCAUUGUAGAUGGCAAGUGCGUUAACCUCUAUCCUCACAAACGGCUUCGCGUCAACACCAUCUUUGAGGUGGUUCAUGAGCACGGCGGUCAGACCGCAUACACGGACAAGCAUCCAUCCUAUGACAUUGUUCGAGGACCAUCUGGAAAGGGAUUGAGCGUGGGCUACUUCCCCGAGAUUCAGAGCCUUGAUACGACCAACGUGACUCAGAUUAUCGGUUACGACAAACUCCAUGUCCAGGCAUACAUUAAUUGGAUCAGCGGCACAAGUCCUGCCAAUACAGAAGUUCAAGAGGCUCUUACCGGUCCCCCAACGCUAUUCGGAGGAAACUUUCAAGCCGUAUCGGUCGCACAGAAAUCCUAUGGCUACCAGACUGGCUCACUCUCUUUCACAAGCCAACUUGCUUCUGCACUCGAUUUUGUCGACAAUUCCCUCGGCAGUGUGGUGGCUGAGCUGCAGAAAAAAGGAAUUUCCCACGAUACCCUCAUUUUCGUCUGCAGCAAGCACGGCCAAGCCCCAAUCGAUCCUAAACUAUACCGCAAGAUCAACCAAAGUCUCAUUGAGCCAUCGUCUGGUGUCAAGAUGGCACAGGUCACAGCCGAUGACAUUGGUCUACUCUGGCUCGACAACCAAAAUGAUCUGGACAAAGCCGUUGCCGGCUUAUCCAAGAACAAGACCCUCCUUGCAAUCUCCGAUAUCAUCUAUGGCAACAGACUUAUUGCGGAGGGAUACGGCAACCCCAAGACAGACCCUGCUGUCCCAGAUAUCAUCAUUGUCCCUGAACUCGGUGUUGUCUACACUACCAGCACCUCAAAGAUUGCCGAACAUGGCGGCUUCAGCAACGACGACAGGAACGUCGCAUGCUUUGCCAGCAAUCCUUCUCUCAGCAAGCAGGUGUUCACGCAGCAAGUCAGCACUGCCCAGCUGGCCCCGACUGUACUUCACGUUCUGGGGUUAAACCCUGCAAAGUUGGAUUCUGUCAGACACAGUGCGGUCGAGAUCCUUCCUGGAUUUACUGAUUAA